AUGGCAGAUAUCAGCACAUGCCCAAGUCUGACAAGAACCUCUGUGCAAGAAGCAGCACACAGAAUCAAAGGAAAAGUACACCGAACUCCAGUACUCUCGAGCAGCUAUGUCGACAGCAUUGCUAGUAGUCCUCAGACAACCGCAGCCCUGAAAGGGACGCCGUGGGAAGGACAGAAACCAUCCAGGCCUCGAAUUCAUAUACUCUUUAAGUGCGAGAACUUGCAAAAGAUUGGAGCGUUCAAGCCUAGGGGGGCAUUCAAUGCCAUGCUUCGAUAUUUGGAGGAGCAAAAGGCCCAAGGAAACGAUUCAACAAGACAAGAGAUACCAGUGCGUUUCAUAAGCCACUCUUCUGGUGGCUCUCUCGCUGCCAAAGAACUUGGAUGUCCAGCUCACGUGGUGAUGCCAUCUAUCUCCAUGCCGGCCAAAAUCGCUGCAACUAAGGGAUAUGGGGCAACGGUACACUUCAGCGGCCCAACACCCCCAGAAAGGCUUGCAGUUGUGGACAGAUUGAUGAGUGAGCCAGGCUACAGAAACGUGUUUAUUCCACCAUACGAUCACCCUGAUACUCUCCUUGGCCAAGGAACGCUAGGGCUGGAACUUCAAGAACAAGCUGUUGAACUCCUUCCUGAUAACAGAAGGUUACAUGGAAUUAUCGCACCCUGUGGCGGCGGUGGUAUGCUGAGUGGUGUGGCAUUAAGUUGCCAGGGAACAGGAAUUAAAGUCUUUGGUGCGGAACCAUCAUUUGAGGGGGCUGAUGACUGCCGCCGCGGACUUCUCGCUGGCCACCGAGUCAAACAGGUCAGAAGCCUGACCAUCGCUGAUGGACUACGGACGCCUGUGGGGGAAAUUCCAUGGAAGAUUAUCAGCAACCCAGACAAUGUCCAGGGUGUAUUUUCAGUAACCGAAGACCAGAUACGCUCCGCUCUGGAAAUAGUGCUACAGCGCAUGAAGAUCGUCAUCGAGCCAAGUUCGGCCGUUCCGCUCGCCGUGGUGCUUUAUAACGAAGAUUUCCGACGACUUAUAGAAACUCAGUGUGAUGACAACACCUUCAAUCUGGGCCUGGUAAUCAGUGGCGGAAACGUAGAUGUGAGAAAGCUGGCCGAGUUGGUCGGGUGA